AUGUCCACCAAAGUCACCCAGAAGAAUCUCCAGGAUGUCCCUCCAGAGCCCAUCAACUUGGAGGAGGCCGCAGCUCCCGAGAGUAAAAACACUUCAGCAAACACUGCGAAGGAGGACACUGAAUCCAACGGCGAAGCCAAAGAAGAGGCCGCCAAGAUCGCAAAGAAGAUGUCGGGCAUUAUCGACCCCGCUAUCGACAGGCUGAAGCCAAUCCUGCAAAUGAUUACCGAGCACGUCGACAAAGCAAACAACACCAAGAAAGAAGACCUCGACGAGGAAAAGCUAGUCGACCAGCUCAAACCACUCAUCGAGCAGGCGACCGGGGUUCUACAGGAGACGCACGGGGCUAUAAAGGCGCUUGACCCCGACGGAAAGGUUGCCCGCAGCGCGCAGUACAAAGCCUCCGACAGCGAGGCUUCACCGGAGGAGCAGCACCUCGCUCAAGGGCUUGCGGAGUUAACCGGAAACGUCGCGAAGACGAUCCAAAACGCCAAAGAUAAGAUCAAGGACAUGCCGCACGCAAAGAAAAACUUGGGCCCUCUCCUAGACCUUCUACAAACCCCUCUGUUCCAGAUAAUUUCCGCCGUAGGGUUGCUGCUGAAUGGUGUCUUGACCCUUCUCGGGAAUUUGCUGGACGCCCUUGGCUUGGGAGGUAUCGUCAGGAACGUUCUUGGCGGUCUUGGACUCGCAAAACUGCUCGAUGGGCUUGGUUUGGGCCAGUGGCUUAAGCAGCCAGACAGCAAAUAA